GUCGGCCAGUAUCUCUGGAAGCUCAAAUGUGGCUCCUGGCAGUAAUCGUCGUCUUCAGCAGACUCAACACCAAGUUGAUGAGGUGGUUGACAUCAUGAGAGUCAAUGUGGACAAGGUAUUGGAACGAGAUCAGAAGCUGUCAGAGUUGGAUGACCGUGCUGAUGCACUGCAAGCAGGAGCUUCCCAGUUUGAGACCAGUGCAGCCAAGCUGAAAAGAAAGUAUUGGUGGAAGAACUGUAAGAUGUGGGCAAUAUUGAUAGCUGUUGUUCUCAUUAUCAUCAUCAUCAUUAUUGGUAAGUUUCCCCAAAAUGGGGACUUCUUGCAGA